AUGCACAGCACACACGACGAUGUCCAUGGGGCAUCCGAAGACGAGGUCAGUAGUGCUCGUUCAUUGGAACGUGAGAACAAAAACCAACUACUUGCCAUCACUGCACGAUAUGUUUCUGACUUAAACCAGUCGUCGUCAAUUGAGCGAAGAGCGUGUCGUAUAUGUCAAUCAGAGAGUGGUGAAAUGGUGCGACCAUGUGGAUGCACCGGAACGAUGGGUGAUAUCCACGAGAUGUGCCUCUCUCGCUGGGUAGCGAUGUCCAAUAAAGACCAGUGUGAGAUAUGUCAGGAGAAGUACGCUCGUAGUGGUCGAACAAUGAAACCGUUCAAAAAAUGGGAGUGUCCACGUAUUGGAUCCGAGGAGAUCUUUUCAUUCAUAUUGAUUCUGGCAUUGACGUACUCCAUAGCCUACAUGCUUUACCUUUGUGACGAACGACAGUUUCUGGAGAGAAUGAGCACAUUACCUGUCCGAUCCGACGACAUUGGCCGCGUUUGUAAGUGUUAA